ACAUUUUUUGCUACGGAGGAGAGUUUUUAUAGGAUAUAUCGGAAAACCACUUUCGAUUAAACUAUCAAUUUCCCCGACGAGACCAUAAGAAUGACCCACAAAGGACAAGGAAAAACAGUAAUUGUCACAGGUUUUGGAUCUUUUGGAGAGCAUUCUGUUAAUCCAAGUUGGCUGGCUGUAAAGGCCCUAUCAAAUAUUUGGGAUGGACCUUCACAGCUAAUCACAAAAGAAAUCCCAGUUGCAUACAAAUAUGUUAAGGAACAAAUUCCCAUCAUGUUGGAUAAAUUUCAACCACGACUUGUCAUUCAUGUCGGUGUGUCAUCUCUAGUCCCUGGUCAGAUUCAGUUAGAGACGUGUGCGCACUCCAAUGGUUACAUAAGACCUGAUGUAAACGGAUGUUGUGGUCCAUUAGCUACGUCAGAUACACAAUGUCUAGUAACCUCUCUUGAUGUCAACACAAUUGUUAAAGAAUGUGCUUGUGUCACUAUGCCAUGUAUAGUCAAAUCCGUUGACGCUGGAAGAUAUCUUUGUGAAUACAUAUUCUAUACUUCUCUACAAACGAAUUCGGCUCCAGUUCUUUUUGUUCACGUGCCGGUACUCGAAGAAAACACGGUCACUGUGGAAACACUAGCCGCUGCCCUCAAAACAAUAAUUCAAAGCUGUUUACGUCAAAUAAAUUCUUAAAAACCUUAAAUCUUAUUUAUAACAAUGGUUUGUGAUUUUGAAGUGCUGAAAAUUAAUGGCGGCGUACAUGUAGAGUUGUAAAAUGGUGGACGAAGCUUGCGUGGAGAUUGACGUGUGUUUAUUUUUCUUGAUAGACGAUGGGAAACUUUCAAGUUUUGUUUUUCUGUACUGUAGCCAGCCGCUAUUAAAAGUUAACUCAAGUUUGCUAGUUUUUGUUAUACUAACUCCUUCGCGCACAUUGAUAAAAUUUUCAGUUGUUCAGAGAUAUAGAUUUUUUUAGUUUUUAUUAUGGUCACGCCAGGUUUUUUAUCGUGUACAUUUGGAAGUAUUAUCAUUAGCCAUGUUACUGGCUUACAAUGCUAUGUAUGCUGAAUGUGGUUAAUGUGUUUAUAUAUUACAAAAACUUAGAAUCCCGUCUUGCUGUUGGUAGAAGUAGCUAAAAAUGUCUAAUUUAGAUUAA